AUGCUUCAAACGGAAAUCAACCGAUUGAAAGAGCAGGUCCAAGGCUAUGCUUCCGCCACGACAUUUUCCAACGACCCCAGCAAUUACAUGACGCCUGGUCCUGAUAAGAGUGUAUUGAACCCAGAGUCUUCAGUAUUGUCGCAACCUGUCCCGCCGGGACAAGGAGAGAGUCCUCUUACUCACUCACAUGUAUCACACUUCCAGCUGCAGAGUCCGCUAUCACCUAUCAAGCUACCGGAGACACAGCCACGAUCACUGGAUGGCAAGCUGAUUGACUCGAAAACAAUUGACGAGUGUUUUUCUUUGUUUGUCCGACACUACUCCUCCAAUCUGACUGUUCUUGACGAGGUCUUGAUACCAAAUAUGUGCUACGAGGAGUCUCCAUUUCUGUUUUGGACAAUCGUGACGACAGGCGCGAGAAAGUACCAGAACCCAACGAUUUUGGAGCUCUUGGUUGGGCGUGUAGCAAGUCUUGCAAUGUCUUCCUUGUUUCCUCACGAAUAUCCGCUUCAAACCAUCAUCGGGCUUCUUAUCCUCUGCAUGUGA